GGAAGCUCCUUGUGCUGGGGCAGGGUGUGUUGUUGCUGAGAGGUUACAUUGUAUAAGACGGAAGAUUGUGUGAAAGAUACAUGUGAUGUGAAUACAGUGAUGACAUCAGAAAGCUCUCCCCUCCUCCACUAUCGCCUCUUCAGUGUGUCAGAUGGGGCCCUUGGACAGACGGCCUCCACCCUGUGUGAUGGGGAGCCGACCACGGUGGGCACCGGUCCAGCCCCCCGCAAGCUCUCCACAUUCUUCGGCGUUGUUGUCCCGACCGUCCUCUCCAUGUUCAGUAUUGUGGUCUUCAUGAGAAUAGGUUUCGUGGUGGGUCAUGCUGGUCUUCUUCAGUCUCUUCUAAUGCUGUUUGUAGCAUAUGCCAUCAUCUGGUUGACGGUGCUCAGCGUCUGUGCCAUUUGUACUAACGGGGCAGUCCAAGGAGGUGGAGCUUACUUUAUGAUCUCGAGGACACUUGGCCCAGAGUUUGGCGGCAGCAUUGGGCUCAUGUUCUACUUGGCCAACGUGUGUGCAUGUGGAGUUUAUGUUCUCGGACUGGUGGAGGGGGUUCUGGAUAUCUUUGGAAAAGACUCGUCUGAUCCCACCAAUUCUCUACGAACCCUGCCCCAGGGUUAUGGAUACAACUUCCUUUAUGCUAGCCUGGUGCUGCUGCUCUGUCUAUCCGUCUGUCUGAUUGGAGCUUCCAUCUAUUCCCAAGCGGCUUUCUUCAUCUUUAUUUUGGUUACCUUGGUCCUCUUCUCUAUCGUGCUGAGUUUUUUAGCUGUUGGGCCACGGCAAGUCACUAUUCGGCAUGGCGGAAAUGUAACUCUGAUCGGAGAGUACACCGGAAUCAAUAGUACCACGCUGCAUGACAAUUUACAAGCGGACUACACCUUGGAUUACACCACUGGAAACCUCAUGAAUUUCGCCACUGUCUUUGCGGUCAUGUUUAAUGGAUGCACUGGAAUCAUGGCUGGAUGUAAUAUGUCUGGCGAGCUGAAGCAGCCAAGUCGCGCCAUUCCAAUUGGGACCAUCAUAGCCGUGGUUAUCACAUUCUUUGUCUAUUUGAUACUCUUCAUCUUUACAGCAUUAACCUGCGACAGGACAUUAUUGAGAGAAGAUUAUGGAUUCUUCCGGUCAAUCAAUUUCUGGGCUCCAUUUGUCCUGAUUGGAGUUUACGCCACCUCCCUGUCUGCCUCCAUGAGCACUCUAAUUGGGGCAUCUCGUAUCUUGCAUGCUCUUGCCAAGGAUGACUUAUUUGGAAUUCUCCUUGCUCCUGCAAAGCUUGUGUCCAAAGGAGGCAACCCCUGGGGAGCGGUGGUGUAUACCUGGGCCCUCGUGCAGCUGGUACUGCUGGCCGGUAAGCUGAACACUAUUGCUGGGAUUGUGACUGUUUUCUACCUCAUGGCAUAUGCGGCAAUAGACCUUGCCUGUCUGGCUCUUGAAUGGGCGUCUGCUCCAAACUUCCGGCCCACAUUCCGCCUCUUCUCCUGGCAUACCUGUCUACUGGGCAUCUUGAGCUGCCUGUUGAUGAUGUUUCUCAUUAACCCAGCCUACGCUUCUGGCAGCAUUGUCCUACUUCUCCUGUUGUUGGGUUUUAUUCAUUUCAGGAGCAGCAGCAGCAGUUGGGGAUACAUCAGCCAGGCACUUAUAUUCCAUCAGGUCAGAAAAUAUCUGUUGCUUUUGGAUGUACGCAAGGAGCACGUGAAGUUCUGGAGGCCGCAGAUUCUCCUCAUGGUGUCCAACCCACGGACUUCCUGCCAACUGAUCAAGUUCAUCAAUGAUCUGAAGAAAGGAGGACUAUACAUUAUGGGUCAUGUAGAAACUGGAGAUCUAGAUACUCUGCCGUCUGAUCCGGUGCAGGCACAUUACAGCUUCUGGCUCAGUCUAGUGGAUAAAUUAAACGUCAAAGCUUUUGUAGAUUUGACCUUAAGUCCAUCAGUACGACAUGGGACGCAGCAGCUUCUGCGCAUCACUGGGCUUGGAGGGAUGAAGCCAAACACCUUGGUACUUGGGUUCUAUGAUAAUGCUACUCCAGAAGAUUACUUUCUGCAGGACUCAGCCUUUACCCCCGGUCUCUCUCCAAAUGAUGACCCCUUUGGUGUAGAUGCUACGUCUUUGCAGGCUCACUUCCCCCCCAUCCGUAGUCCGGAGAGUCCUCGCCAUUUGGCACCUAAGGAAUAUGUAGCCAUAAUCUGUGAUGCCCUGAAGAUGCAUAAGAACAUUGUGUUAGCGCGGGGUUUCCCCUCACUUGUGAGACCGGGGACCUCUAGCUCCAAUGCUGCCUUGUACAUUGAUGUGUGGCCCCUGGACCUCCUCCGGCCCCAGGCUUCUGCCUAUGUAGAUGUCUGUAGCUUAUUUUUGCUGCAGAUGGCAUGCAUUCUAAACAUGGCUGCCUCCUGGCACCGGUACCAGCUGCGGUUCUUUCUCUGUGUGGAGUCAUCAGUUGGCGGUAAUGGUGGCAGUAGCGGCUUGUUAGCGGCAGAAGUCAAGUUCCGAGAGUUGCUCAUUAAGUUGCGCAUCCGAGCCAUCAUCCGAGUGGUGGACUGGGAUAGAGUGGCAGUGCUGUGGGGCCAAGGCCAAGAACAUCCAGGCCUAACUCGUGAACCCAUCUCUAAGGAGUAUCUGAAGGCGGCCAACCAAGUGGUGCUGGAGGAAGGUGGCAUGGAGUCCGCUGUGCGGUUCCUCUACCUCCCCCGGCCUCCUGCAGACCCUGCUCUUCAUGAACAUUACCUGGAAGAACUUGACACCCUAACUGAGGGGCUGGGCCCCACCCUACUGAUCCAUGGCCUGACCCCCGUUACCUGUACUGAACUCUGAUGGACUUCCUGCAUCAACCAUUCCUGCAGCCUUCUCCUCAAGGACCUCCUGAGGAUGGCCCCUUCUAGAACCUUCCAGCACAAUAAUGAUCCACUUUUCAAGGCCACUCCCAUCCUCCUUUGAGUCCUAGUAGUCACCCGAUGCUGUUAGAACAUUAGGGCAGGAGAUGAGCGGACCAAUGCUCCUGAGCCCCCCUCAGAUACAAUGGACAUAUAGCUGCAGCCCGGGGUGGGCAGAGAGUGAAUCUCCUGUCGGCACCUCACCCGCUUUCUCCACUUUUUGCUCUUAUUCUCUGCAUUUUGAAUGUUUGUUUUUCUUUUUGCACUUUACACAGGCGGUUGUUUUUUGUUUGUUUCAUUGGUUGAAGGUUGGACUGGGCUGAAUCGGGUACCCUGGCAUUGAGCUUCCAGUGUGCUGCGUGUCCCGAGGGCGCCCCCAGGGGUCGUGCUGUUUGUCUUUGGUUAAAACGAAAGCGCUUCCUCUCUGGCUCAAAUAAUGCCUUAUACUAUAGUCACAUCCAGAGCUGCACUCACAAUUCUAGCGUUACGUCAUCUAUGUAUAUCUGGUGCGGCAUUUACAUCUGUGCUGUCCUGUCAUAUUUUGCACUCCAAUUACACCCAGAGCUGCAGUCUUUAUUCCACUGUUUCAACAUGUUCUAUCCAAAGCUGCAUUCAUGAUUUUGUUGUUACCUCAUUUCAUUAUGAUCUUUUAUACUCCUGUCACAUCUGGAGCUGCACUCGCAUCUACCAUGUCUCCCAUUCACAGCCAGAGCUCCAUUCAUGAGUUUAUUGCUCUGCUAUGUCACACCCCAUUCACAGCCAGAGCUCCAUUCAUCAGUUUAUUGCUCUGCUAUGUCGCACUCCAUUCACAGCCAGAGCUCCAUUCAUCAGUUUAUUGCUCUGCUAUGUCACACUCCAUUCACAGCCAGAGCUGCAUUCAUCAGUUUAUUGCUCUGCUAUGUCACACUCCAUUCACAGCCAGAGCUUCAUUCAUCAGUUUAUUGCUCUGCUAUGUCACACUUCAUUCACAGCCAGAGCUGCAUUUACAAUUCUGUUAUGUCUUGCAUUUCAAUCGCACCUAGAGCUGCAUUCACACUUCUGCUAAGGAGCCGAUGUAAUGAAUUGGGGCGUCUCCACUCAAUCCACCCCUGAUUCUGAACUUGGACAAAGAUGGCUGACGCGGUCAUGUGACAUGGACGCGCACUUUUGUUUUUGGGUGUAGUUUAUUUACGCACAAGGGGACCGUUCUUCCUCCAUGUGAAUACACGUGACCCCGCGCCCCCGCUCUGUUUCUUGUAUUGCGCACUUUUUUUUGCUAAUAACUAACUUCUGGAUUUUCCGUUUUUUUUUUUUUUUUUCCACGCUUCUUCGAUUACAGGGGAUUAAUGUAAUUCUGCUUCCUGUUGGCCCCCAUGCUGAUGUUCAUCGGGCCCCUGACAGUUGUUCCUAAGCGAUCAGGAGUGUAGGAACAAAGGAAACCUCUCCUUAUGAUCAUCCAGUCACAGCUAGAGCUGCACUCAUGUCUUCAGAUACAUCUUCAGUCCUCCUGUUCCAUCGCGUCCUGUCCUCCAGUCACAUCCAUAGCUGCUGCCACAAUUUCUGCCGUUACAUUCCAUCUUCUUUUAUGACUUGCAGCAUGGCCUAAUCUAAUGGGCAAUCUCCAUUACUCCAGCUGUGAAACUACAACUCCCAGCAUGCACACUUGCAAAGCUGUUCUCGGGACUCCCAUAGAGGUAAAUGGAGCAUGCUGGGUGUUGUAGUUUCACGACAGCUGGAGCUUACCGCCAUGUAUUAACUGAUGAUGCAGGGACCUGAGAGAAAACGGGAAGCCAGCUCUGGAUGUGACUGGAGCGCAAGGCGUGAUGUAAAAGUAGAGCUGACUGCAGCUUUGGAUGUGACUGGAGUGUAUGACAUGAGGUAACAUGGAGAUUUAACCCUUGCACCGCUGACUGUUGCGAUGUCCACGUGCGGUUAUGGUGGCCCAUUCCGUUAUUCUCUACCGCGCCUCAGUCGUGUACCCCAGGGCCGGGGCUUUGCGGAUGGUUUGUGCCUUCUUGUCUGUGGUUCUGCCCUUGCGCCUCGGGGAUUGGGUUGGGAGGGGUUAAUUCCGAGUCGUGACUGUUACGUGAAUUUUUUUUAACUUAGUUUUUUUUUAUUGUAACAAUUUGACACUUAAUAAAAAAACU